CGAAGCGACGGUAACGCCAUCUAAUGUUUUCUAUAGAAUAGAAAACCAAACCGAGAAUUGAGUCAUUACGUAAACGAGUGUUCUGAAGGUGACUUGCAAUUUUUUCUGUUCUUCACUUGAUUUAAUUGUUCUUGAUUAAAUUAAAUCUUUUAUUCUUUUUGACGUGAUAAAUUGUAUAACCUUGUUAACUAAUUUUAAUUGAAAUGGCUCGACGAGGACGAAGUUCAUCACCUGGUAGAUCUUCACCAAUGGCCAGUCGACGAACUCCUAUGGCUGCACCUCCUCAAAGGGCUCCUGUUCCUGUUGCUCCAGCUCCAACUGCCGUUGGACCUGCUAUGGGAUCUCAAGGUCCUGGAUUGAUGGCACAAAUGGCUGCCACCGCUGGUGGUGUUGCUAUUGGAUCGGCUGUUGGACAUACCGUUGGCCAUGCUAUCACUGGUGCUUUCUCUGGUGGACAUGAUGCUGCUCCAGCUCAACAAGAAGCUGUUCCACAACAAUACCAACAACCACAACAAUAUCAACAACAACAACAACAACAAUCAGCAUGUUCAUUGGAGCUUCGACAAUUCCUUAAUUGUACUCAAGAGCAAUCAGAUAUCUCUUUGUGUGAGGGUUUCAACCAAAUUCUAAAGGAUUGUCGUAUGCGAUUUGGAUCACAACCCAAUUACCAGUAAUCAAUAGUUGGACUAAAAAUUCUAAUUGUUAAUCCAGUUAGAUUAGUAAAAGAAACUCUUUGACCCUAAUUCUCUAUCUCUGCUCUCCGAAAUUGAUUAUUUUUGAUUUCCUCCAUUUUUGCCCAUCCAAAAUCAAAAUUUUGUUAGUCUUUCUUUACAAAACAUGAUCUAGUGUUCCCAAUUUAAGUUACAAUUAUAAAUGUGUUGUUUGAAAACAACAAUUCAAAUUAAGCUCGACAGGAAAUCAAUUCUUGGAACAGCAAUUCUGUUAGCUGUAAAUUUAAAUGUUUAUUGAUAUUACAUAAAAUUGUUAAACAAUCAA